AUGUCGUACAUUUACCGAGAGCGAGAGCGCGACGAUUAUGAUCGCCCCGUCACCAUCAAGCGCUACGUCAUUCCCUCCGAGGACCGUGAGGACCGACGAGAGUUCUCGAUGAGUCGAAACGAUUAUGCAGGGGACCGCGAGCUCGUUAUCCGUCGCAAGACCGAGCGCGAAGAGCCCAUGACCGUUUCUCGCUACGAGCGCGAGAUCGACUACGAACCUCGCCGCUACGAGCGGGACUACUACGAACCCCGAGAGACCGACUACGACGUUGUCCGUCGCUCAGAUGCCGACGAAGACCCCUACUACUAUCACAGCCGCCGCCGUGUCCGCGAGUACGAUGAUCGUCGCUCGCGCCGAGAACUGAGCCCGGGUGACUCCAUAUCCCAGGCUAGCCGGCGCCGUGGGGAUCGUGAUGACUACAGCAGCGACGACAGCAUGGUCUACGUCCGUAAAGAGACCACCCGCGACUAUGAUGACGAGCACCCCCACCACAACCGUCACCUCGUAGAAGGUGCCCUGGUAGGUGUUGGUGCUGCUGAACUGUUGCGCAGCCGAAGCAAGCGUGAGGGCAAGGAGGUGAGCCAUGGCCUAGGCCGUGCUGCAAAGACCGCUGGAGCUGGUGCUCUGGGUGCCGUGGCUGUCAAUGCCGCCGGACACGUUCGCGACUACUACCGCAGCAAGAGUCGAAGCCGCCAUCGCGCACACUCGGACGAUGAACGCUCUCGCCACCGUCGACACCGCAGCCGCGGUCGUAACGGCAGCCGGAGUCGCAGCCGCUCCCACUCGCACUCUCGUGCAAAGACUCUUUUGGAGCUUGGCCUCGGUGCCGCUGCAGUGGCUGCCGGUGUCGCUGCCAUGCGCAACAACAACAAGAACAAGGAUGAAAGGAAGAGCCGCUCCCGUACUCGUUCCCGCUCUCGGGGUAGGGCUCUGAGCACUGCCCGCUCGGAGAAUGACGACGCUCGCAGCCAGUCUAAGCGCAGACAGCAUAUGGUCGGCGCUGGUCUGGCUGGUGCUGCCGCUGCGGGCUUGAUCGAGCAUGUUCGAUCCCGCUCCAAGUCCCGCAAGGGUGAGCAUUCUCGUUCGCAAAGUCGCAUUCGGAAGGCCCUUCCCAUCCUGGCCGCUGGUCUGGGUACCGCUGGUAUCACUGGUCUCUACGAGAAGAACAAGGCCGAGAAAGACACCAAAGAGCCGGUGAGCCGUGAGCGACGCCGGUCUAGAUCCCGCAGCCGUGCCCAUGAAAUGCAUCCCGAUCCUGCUCGUGAUUCGGCGGGUUUGAUCGAGUACGGGAACGACCCCGUCACGGGCAGCAUCCCCGCUGACCACUACUAUGGCCAGCCAGCCCUUCAGAAUACUGCCUACUACUCGGACGGCGCUGACGGCCGGCGUCACAGCCGUAGCCGCAGUCGCAGCCGUGCUCCUCGUUAUAGCAGCUCCUCGGGCUCGGAUCGGGAACGCCGGCGCAGCGGAAAGCACCGGCACCGCAGCCGUUCUCGCGGGAUCGCCGAGGGUGUCUUGGGUGCCACCGGCUUGGGAUAUGCCGCGCACAAGUAUCAACAGCACCGGGACCGCAAGGAAGCACGUUCACGUUCACGUUCACGUUCACGCUCGAGGACCCGGUAUGAGGAUGAUGCCCACCGCGACCCAUACGAAGAAUCCUAUGAUCCUGAGCCCUACCCCGUCUCUCCCCAUGCCGCACCCCAUCAUCCUAUCCCGGACCCCAACUACUACCCCCAGAGCAACUACUUCCCUCCCCCGCCAGGCUCAACUCCAAACCUGAAUGCCACCACUCAGCCCUACAACCCUGCGGACUACCCUCCCCCACCAGGCGCGGCUCCCCCACCCGAGCCCUAUAGUUACGGCGCCCCAGCACCCGGACCAGAGCCCUACGGCCCAGCACCCGGACCAGAGCCCUACGCCCCGCGGCCACGACGAGCCGAUGAGAAUGUGAGUGCUCCACAGAGCUCCACCCUUCCCACUGAUCAGGACCACACGCGCGAUGGUCUAGAUGUGAACAACCUCCAACCACCACCGUCCGUACCCCGAUCCGGCAGCCAACCAGCACCCUCCUCAAAGUCCGUCGCUUUUGACUUGACCCCGGAGCCAGAUCGCGGAUACGAGACCGACGACAGUGAUUCUACCAUCCAUUCAUCCAGCCGUCGUCCCCAUUAUUCUCGCCGUCGCUCAUCCUCUGUUCCAUAUUCACCCCCGGCCCCUGCUCGAUCUCGGGAAUACCGCCAUCAUUCUAAACACUCCCAAGGUCAACACCAUCCGGAAUCAGAAUCAGACUCGACAAUCGAUCUUCCAGAUCGAUUCGACUCGCAUGGUCGUCUAAUCACCGAGACAGAAGAUCCCGCAGUCGAAAAGAUCGAAGACCUGAUUAAGAAAUUCACUCGAGUCUUAUUCUGA